CUUUUGUAGAAUCAAUGCAAUUGCUUCAUGGAUGCCUUCUAAUGUAUCUCAAGAGAGUUUCUCCGUUAGGUAAUAUCUCAUGGUGGAAAUGAGUACUCUGGAUUUAUCUCCUUAUUUCCAUUCUAUCUCCGUCAUCGAUGCAUCUCUCGCCAUCAAAGAAAGUGGAACCAAUUAGCUUUUGCAUGACGUCUGCGUGAGCUUAGAUUUAAACCAUGAAGCUGUGAAGCUAGACUCCGGUACUCCGCAAUGUUACUCUGCCCUAGUCUCAACCCCUACUUAAAUACCACACUACUCUCCUCAUACCUUUGUAGCUCUUCCUAAGUUUUAGACACCAAGGCCUAUCUAGGUCAUCAUAACCUCAGACGGCACAAUGGCCCCCCAGAACAUCCCAGAAACCAUGCUCGCAGCCCAAAUAGUAGAAUUCCACAAACCCUACAAACUCAACACCAUCCCCGUCCCCUCCUCCCUCGCCCCCCACGACCUCCUCAUCCGCACCGCUGUCGCCUCCCUCUGCCACACCGACUUCAUGGCCCUCGAAGGCAUAAUGAACUCGCCCCUCCCCACCACCGGCUCCCACGAAGGCAGCGGCACCGUCGCCGCCGUCGGCUCUGCCGUCAAAGACUUCGCGCCCGGCGACCGCAUCAUGUGCAACCUGCUCUACUCCCUCUGCGGCCAAUGCGUCGACUGCAAAGGGCCCGAGAACUACUCCCAGUACUGCACGCAGCACGGCGGCCACCUGGGCAUCACGCGAGACGGGAACUUCGCUGAGUAUGUGCGGGUAGAUGCGCGCACGGCGGUGAAGUUGCCGGAUAAUCUGAGCUUUGAGACGGCGGCGCCGCUGGCGUGUGCGGGGUGUACGGCGUAUCGUGGGAUUCUGCAGGCGAAAGCGGAGCUGAAGCCGGGGGAGUGGAUUGGGAUUGUGGGGAGUGGUGGUGGACUGGGGCAUUUGGCGGUUCAGUUUGCGAAAGCGCUGGGUGUGAAGACUGUGGGGAUUGAGGCGAGGGAUGUGGGGAUUGAGCUUACGAAGAAGGCGGGCGUGGAUGCGGUGGUGGAUGCUAGGAUUGGGAAUGAGAAGGUUGUUGAGGAGGUGAAGAAGAUUACGGGGAGUGAGGGAGUGGGGGCGACCGUGGUUUUGAGUGAUGCGAAGGGGGCGGCAGCAUUGAGUUGUGCGAUUACGAGGAUGCAUGGGACGGUCAUUCAGAUCGCCCAGCCUACCGAGUUCUCGAUUCCCUUUCAAGAAUUGGUUUUCCGGGAUAUCAGAGUAAAAGGCUCCCUUAUCUGCUCUGUGCAGGAGGCGCGCGAUAUGCUCGAGUUGGUUGGCAAGCAUAAGAUUUCCGCCAACACGAACGCGUUUACUGGACUGAAAGAAUUGCCGAAACUAUUCGAGUUGGCGGAGAGUGGUAAGAUGAAAGGUAAAGGCAUCAUCAUCGUGGAUCUGGAACAAAUCAAGAAGGAGAAGGAAUCGGGGCUGGAGAUGGUAUGAAGACUUUGAGGUCCUUCUGAGCUGGCAACAAGAGAAUCAGGCCGACUCUAGCCACUGUCCAAUAUAAACGCCUUGAGCUACGGUCAAAACACGAAUACCC